AUGGCAUUGUCAUUACUGUACGAUGAAUGUCGUUACAAUUAUCUAAAAGGAUUAUACUGGUGUUCAGAUCGUGAUUUGAUAUCGUUAGCAGCAAUUAUGCUACAAAUUGUUUAUGGCAGCAAAAUUAAACUUACUGAGAAGACUUUAGCUACAAUAAUACCAAUGCAUAGACUGCCAUCAUCAAGCAAAGAAUUAAAAGCAAUGCUUUCUCGCAUUGAAUCUGAACAUCGAACUCGAAAUGGAACUAAUUUAAUCAAAUUACAACAAAUAUUUUUACAGAUUUGUUGGCGCUUCAAUGUUUAUGGUGCUACAUUUUUCGAUGCUAUUAUAUUCAUGAAAAAACCUGUAAGUUUAAACUUACCAGUAAAAGCUGGUGUAAAUGAUUAUGGUUUGCAUCUAAUUAAUGCUCAAACAAUGGUACUAAUUCAAAGUUAUCCAAUCGAAGGCUUGAAAUGGGUUCUUAAAGUUGAUCGCCCAUAUAUUGAAAUAAGCACUAGAUCAGGAGCUGAUCUCAUACUCAGCACUCCACAAGUAACAUAA